AACGAUAUGGAUCACAAUUCAUGGUUGAUAGGAUACAUUGCUGUGUACCGAGUGAAGGAACCUCUUCUGGGCAGAGGCAAUGGUAUGAAGACAGGACUUGGCCAGCAACACCGCGCUUAUAUCCUUCUAGCGAUUCUAAUGCACUACUUUCCUGUGCACCAAAAUGCGAUACAAUCUUUAUCUUGGAUCCGUGCGCCUUCGACCUCCGCAAAGGGUGACUACUUGCUAAGAGGAGACCCAACGUAUAUCUGUUCUAAUGGUAGCGAAGGGACUGUCAAGAUAACAGAUGUACGAGAUGGUGUACCAAGGUUGUUGGUGCGGAACAGGGAAGUGCCUCACAGCAAUGCUUAUUCUUCCUUCUGCGGUACACUCGUAUCGACGGAUGUGGAUUUUUGGGUCAAGAUGUUUCAAUUGCAGCCUGCAACAUUUGGCAAAGGGCACUUGAUGGUCGAUGUGGGUGGGGCGGCCAUGUGGGCUCUGCAGAUGGUUCUUGCACAACCUCAAACCUCUUACGAGGAACGCGACGUGAGGGGUCAGUUGUAUCCACUACUCAACCACAAGAUAUUUCAACUCGAUUACAGCCCUGAAACCGAGGCCUACAGAAUGUUGGACCAUUUUUUGCCCCAGGAGAGCGGGACCAGCGAGGGACCCGG